AGUUAAUAAACUAAAACUGUUAAGUUUAUAGUUAAAAGUACUAUAACUUCAAUAGAUAAGGCCCUUUUCUCCAGCCGAAGGUAUAGGAACGUAGAAAAGCAACAAUAAUCCCAAAUUCCUGAAAGCAAUCUCUUCUUUUUUUUUUCUUUUUUUUUUUGUGAUCGGGGUUACUUUUCCGAUCAGAAAAAAAAAAAGAAUGACAUUGAAUCCAGAAUUAUUUCCUAAUGGAAUGCCAAUUCCUUUUCUUAAUGAAUUGUUUGUUCUUUCUAGAAAAGGUGUUGAGUUUGAGGUUGACAAGAUCCUUGGUGUAGGAAAAACAAGAACAAAAGGAACUAUCUACUUGUCGAAUAUUCGUAUGGUCUUUGUUGCAAAGAUGCCUGUGGAUUUCAUUGCUUUUGACAUGCCCUUGCUUUUUGUUUCUGGUGAAAAAUUUAAGCAACCAAUAUUCCACUGCAACAACAUCUCUGGAUAUGUAGUUCCGGUUGUUCCAGAUAAUGAAAACAGUGCCUUGUAUUCCACACAUACAUUCAAGAUUUUGUUCAAGGGUGGUGGUUGUGGGACUUUCGUGCCAUUAUUUUUCAAUCUAAUGGCGUCUGUAAGAAGAGCUCAGCAACAGUCUGGUACAGAGCCACAGGCGGAUCCUCUCCAAGCUGCACAAACUCCAGUCGAUGAGAUGAUCAGACAUGCGUAUGUCGAUCCCAAUGAUCCAACGAAAAUCUACUUGCAGCAGCCUACUCCAGAGUCCCAACUCAGGCGUCGUUCUUACCAAUCACAGCCUGCUUAGAACUUAAUAUACUUCUUGUUCAACGUUACCUGAAUUGUUCAUUUUCUGAUGUACUGAUUCUCUGGUUGAUUGCUUUGAUUCUAUAUAACAAAAGAAGAAAAUGAUUUUGCAUGCCUA